UAUACGUGCUGUGUAACGUUAUGUAUCCACGCAUGCAUUAACCCUUGUCGUUUUCAAAAUUGAUUUCCUUGCAUUCCAAUUCUGAGCAUUAUCGUCCUCAUGGAUUCUCAAUUCUUGCUGGGUAUCGCCCUCUCAUCCAUUGGUGGAUUCAGCACUUCAAUUGGUGCACUUUUUGUAAUAAUGAGUCAAGCUCCAAGUUUGAAGAUGCUUGGACUAUUACAGGGUUUUGCUGCUGGUUUGAUGCUGAGCAUAUCAUUCUUUGAUCUUGCUCAUAAUGCUUUGAACUCACUUGGCUUCCUCAGAGGCAACCUUUGGUUUUUUUCUGGUGUCGUAUUCUUUGCUGUUGUUGCUCACUUUAUACCAGAACCAACAGUUCCUCCUCCAGAUAAGAAGAGUAAAAAGGUUGGAAAUGAAGAAAACAAGAACAUGAUGAAAAAACGUCGCCGUCAGGUUUUAUUCAGUGGAAUUAUUACAGCAAUAGGUAUAAGCUUACAUAAUUUUCCAGAAGGAAUGGCAGUGUACCUUGGAUCCAUGAAGGGUCUUCGUGUUGGUCUUAACCUUGCAUUGGCAAUUGCACUGCACAAUAUCCCUGAGGGUGUUGCUGUUGCACUUCCUGUUUAUUUUGCCACAGAGAGUAAAUGGCAGGCAUUCAAAUUGGCAUCACUUUCUGGCCUUGCUGAGCCCUUGGGUGUUAUUAUUGUAGCAUGUCUAUUCCCUACCAGCCUAAAUCCUGAGAUUCUUGAGGGUCUGCUUGCAUCAGUUGGUGGAGUUAUGGCUUUUUUGACCCUUCAUGAAAUGCUUCCAUUGGCUUUUGAGUAUGCGGGACAUAAGCAAUCUGUUAAGGCUGUCUUCUGUGGGAUGGCUUUCAUGUCUGCAAGCCUGUAUUUUCUACGUAUCAGCUUACCAGAGGACAGUGGCUUAUAGCUGGGAACUACAUAUAUUUUCAGAAUGAAACUCACAAACUUGCAAUGACAAUAUUGUGCAACACAAUCAAUAGGGGGAUUAGGGGAUAUCAUAGGAAAUGUAGGAUAUGUUUCAGCUAUAGUUUCAUCUCCAUAUAAUGCCCGGUUAUCUUUAUAAUUCAUAAUUUGUAUAAAUUUGUUUAUUUAUAACAUGGAGAAUAAAAAACAAUUAUAAACAGCAUAAAUAUGAAAUACCAUAGAGAUGAAAAUUAAACUUUGACUUGCAGUUCCUA